UUCAAUUACAUAUUAUCUCCAUAAUCUCAAAAGUGCAAUUGCAUAGCUUCAUGUAUCGGGCAGCGUUUAUCGUUCCUCCAAUCAAUUUCACACUUGUGAUCUGUGGAGUUGCUUCGUUAUGUCUCACAUGCUCAAUCUUCGACUUCAUAGUGAUGAGGGAAAUGUAUUACACAGUACCCGAUAUGAGAAUACUGAUUCGGACGGAGCUCUCGUUAUGGUUCUAUGGGGCAUCCAUUCUCUGCUUCAUCCUCUCGUCACUAGCAGUGCUUGCGAAUAAUGCACCACAGACUGUGCAAAAUGUCGCUAACAACUGCCCUCAACUAACUUCUUUCAUUCAUGGAGUUCUUCUAAGCAUAUCGAGUGUCUUGUGCGCGUUCUGCACGUACCUUGCUAUGCAGGCAUCAGAAGAGGUUGGCAAGUUCGCCUUCAAAGCUACUCCACGACAAUUUCAAGACGCUUCGCACUGGUACUUUCUUCGACUGAGAGCUUGUGCGAUCAUUUUCACCAUCGAAUCGGUAUUGCAGCUUGUCGUGCUCUGCGUUUUAUACCUAGGAAUCCAGUGCCGAUAUCGUUCAUUCAGCGAGCUGCCUCAAAAACCAGUCUUUCAUGUACAAACUACGGCUGGGAAGCUGUCGUAAUAGUUUAUACAACUUUGUGAAUGAAUGCUGCAAUUCCUUAUUAAUGCUGUGCAGAUCUCCUAAAUAUGCACGCUUCGUUUGACU